CCUGCUGGUGUCGUCAACAUUAUCCCAGGAAUGGGUACCACGGCGGCAGCCAUUGCGUCUCACAUGGAUGUGGACAAAGUAGCGUUCACUGGCUCCACUGAGGUAGGUCACCUCAUCCUGAAAGCCUCAAGUAGCAGUAAUCUGAAGAAGGUCACACUGGAGCUGGGAGGAAAGAGUCCAAACAUCAUUCUGUCAGAUGCUAAAAUGGAGGAGGCAGUGGAGCAGUCUCAUUUCGCCCUGUUCUUCAACCAAGGCCAGUGCUGUUGUGCAGGCUCUCACACGUUUGUGCAGGAGAGCAUCUACGAUGAGUUUGUUGAGCGGAGCGUAGAGAGAGCUAAGAAGAGGAUUGUGGGAGACCCCUUUGACUUGAACACAGAGCAGGGCCCCCAGGUGGAUGAGGAACAAUUCCAGAAGAUUCUUGGCUACAUCAGCAGUGGGAAGCGUGAUGGCGCUAAGCUCAUGUGUGGCGGCGAGGCGGCAGCUGACCGCGGUUACUUCAUCCAGCCUACCAUCUUCAGAGAUGUUAAAGAUGACAUGACGAUUGCUCGGGAGAAGAUCUUUGGACCUGUGAUGCAAAUUCUGAAGUUUAGAUCUUUAGAGGAAGUGAUUGAGAGAGCCAAUGACAGCAAAUACGGCCUUGCAGCUGCUGUUUUUACCCAAAACAUUGACAAGGCCCAUUACAUAUCCAACGGCCUGCGCGCUGGCACUGUGUGGAUUAACUGUUAUGACGUGUUUGGAGCUCAGGCUCCAUUUGGGGGAUACAAGUCCUCGGGAAUCGGUCGUGAGUUAGGAGAGUACGGACUGGACAACUACACAGAGGUCAAAACGGUUACAAUUAAGGUCCCUCAGAAAAAUUCGUAAAUGGAUGAAUUCACCUAAUUAUAAGAGUCAUGCCAGGCAUUAUUAAAAAUGAACAUUAUUCUGAUUCUCAUCCAUCAACACGAGUCCUUUGCUAAUGUGAACUGAAAAAUAAUACGGGUUUAGUACAAAUUCUCAUCUGUAACAAUAAAGUUCUAACAGUGAUGAUUAGAUAGUCACGUAUAGUUGAUUUUACAGAAGUUAUUGCUAUGAUUAUCCACCAGACAAAAGGAGAGAAGAUUUGUAUUGGGCUGACUUUAUUCUGUUUAAUUCAAGCAUUAUAUAGACAGCAUAAUGACUACAAUUAUUUGCAUGUAUGCACUGAUUUGCGUAAUAAAUGCUUCAGAUAUUUUAUUUGUUUUAUUAAUUUA